AUGGAAAACAAGGUUUUGGAAUCGAAUGCUGCAGAAUUAGAAAUCGAAUCUCAAUUGGUUGGUUUUUUUAUUUCAAAGAAGAAUAUAUAUGAAAUCGUCAGAAAUCAUUUAAUUUUCGGAAAGAAACAGACGACUGACUAUUGUCAAUCCGAAAAUAAAAGAACCUCUGUUCAAAUUGGCGCUCACGUACAGCAGACUAAAAAUGACGUGACACAUGCACAUCAAACUGGUUGGCAGCCAGCGUGUAAAUGCCAGCGUGUAAAUUUCGCAUUUUAUUUUUCAAAUGACUUCCAAAAUCUUGCGAAGUCUACUGUAGUCCUAGUUUUCUAUGCCAUUUCGGUUCUCUUACAAGGUUCUUAUUUUUUCGGAAUGACAAUACAUGUUUUCCGAAAUGUAUAACGUUAGUUGUUUAAUUUUAAAUUGUUUACAGUUGAAUGGAUUGAAAAUGAAAUUGAAAUCGCUCAACCUUGAAGAAACCGUGAGGGAGCUUGUCUAUGCUCCUUCCGAUGCCUCAGAGCUGGCUUAUCAUUCGUGUCAUCCACGAUUCUCAUUAGCCGAGAAGGUAAAUAUCAAAAACUUUUUCAUCUAUCGAAUGUUUGUUUUCAGUUGAAGAUUCUCGAUUUAUUAUUCUUGAUUUCUUGGAAAAACACUGAGGAUAAUAUUCCAAUUCCUAUGAGAAAACAAAUGAUUGAAAAUCGUUGGAAAACGACACCACAAGACGAAUUGGCUAAAGAUUUUGGAAAAAUAGCAUCGGUAAGUGUUUAACGAACUAAAAGAGAUUUGAAUUCGAAAAUUGAUCUGUUUUUUCCAGACUAUAUCAUAUCAAUUAGUGCGAUGUUAUGCAGAAAAAGCAAUCCAUAUGCAGUUGAAGCGAAUUUCAGUGUUUUGCGAUUUGAAUGAAAAUAUUGUGAAGAGAUUGUGCCCAUCGUACAAUCGAGAUCCAUACACCACAAUUGAAAUUCUCCAGUCGAUCGAAAAGGGGACACAUCUUGAAGAUGUUGUUGAUAAGUUGAGAUUGACCGAAAAGAAAUUGAUACCAGAACAAAAAGGAAUAAAAGGAGAAGUAAAAGAUGCAUUCGAAAUACUUCACGGGAAUCAUCCAUUAUUCCGAAAAUUCAUAGAGUAUGUUUCUGAAAAAAAUGCAAUAUCAAAAUGUCUAUUUUUUAGAUCUCUCGAAACAAGACCAGAGGGAAAUAUGAAACAAUUAUUCAAAAAUUUGAAGAUUUCGAAAAGAAUAAGAAAAUUCAAUGGCAUGCAAUAA